UCACAUGACCCUACGCGAAGGAUUGUGGGAUUGUGGUGCACUGACGGUGGUUGUGGUUCUCUAUCGCGAAAAUAUUUUCUAUUUAAUUUAAUUCACACAUAAACAUGCCGGAUUUGGCUGUUGAGAAAGUGAUUGUCCAUCCCUUGGUGCUCCUGAGUGUGGUGGAUCAUUUUAACAGAAUCGGUAAAGUUGGAAGUCAGAAGAGGGUUGUGGGUGUACUUCUCGGCUCAUGGCAUAAGAAGGUUCUUGAUGUGUCCAACAGCUUUGCAGUGCCAUUUGACGAGGAUGACAAGGAUGAUUCUGUGUGGUUCCUGGACCAUGACUAUUUGGAGAACAUGUACAACAUGUUCAAGAAAGUCAAUGCAAGGGAAAGAAUAGUUGGUUGGUAUCACACGGGCCCCAAACUACACAAGAAUGACAUUGCCAUCAAUGAACUCGUGAAGCAAUAUUGUACUAAUUCUGUUUUAGUCAUCAUUGACGUGAAACCGAAAGACCUGGGUCUGCCAACGGAGGCCUACAUAUCUGUGGAGGAAGUGCAUGAUGAUGGCACUCCAACGUCCAAGACUUUUGAACAUGUCACCAGUGAGAUUGGUGCUGAAGAAGCAGAGGAAGUGGGAGUGGAGCAUUUACUCCGAGACAUCAAGGACACAACAGUUGGCACCCUGUCUCAACGCAUCACCAACCAGGUGCAUGGCCUAAAGGGCCUCAACUGCAAGUUAGUGGAUAUCAAAGGGUAUUUGGACAAAGUUGCCGCAGGUAAGCUGCCCAUCAACCACCAGAUCAUCUACCAGCUGCAGGACGUCUUCAACCUGCUGCCUGACGUCAACCUUCAAGAGUUCAUCAAGGCAUUUUACCUCAAGACCAAUGACCAGAUGCUGGUGGUUUACCUGGCUUCACUCAUCCGCUCCGUGGUUGCUCUUCACAACCUCAUCAACAACAAGGUCGCCAACCGAGAUGCAGAGAAGAAGGAAGGCCAGGAAAAAGAUGACAGCAAGAAAGAGAAGAAAGAGGACAAGGAAAAAGAGAAGGAGAAAGAGAAAGAGAAGGGAGACACUAAGAAAGAUAAGAAGAAGGAGAAGAAAUGAGGAAGCAAUGGUCAUUUCUGACUACAGACUGACUUUGUUUUUGUUCUUCCCACCUGUCAGACGCUAUCUUGUUGUUGUUAAGACCCUCUCAUUUUCAGAAUGGAUUAAAAGAGUGAAGGGAAUUGGCCAUUUGAUUGUCUACUCCACAUAAGUCUAAUCAUUUUUUCAUUCUUAUGCAGCCCAUUUGGUUAAUGUUGACAAAAUACUAGUUUGCUAUGGUUCAAAACUAUUUUUAUUCAUUUCACAACAAACAUGUUACUAAUACAACAUUGUAAUUAUCUUG